AGAGCCGAAGAUGUCGGCUCGGUCAUGUGAUCAGCUGUGUCCAAUCACAGCUGAUCAUAUGGGACAUGUACACUGAUCAUCAGUGUGCCCUGAUGAUCAGUGUGGCCCCAGAAGUGCCACCUGUCAGUGUCCAUCAGUGCCAGCAGUCAGUGCUCAUCAGUGCCACGUGCCAGUGUCCAUCAGUGCCACAUCAAUGCCACAUAUCAGUGCAUACUAGUGCACAUCAAUGCCACAUAUCAGUGCCCAUUUGAGCUGCCUUUCAAUGUCACCCAUCAGUGCCAGUCAGUGCCACCUAUCAAUGCCAAUCAGUGCCACCUAUCAGUGCUGCCAAUCAGUGUCGCCUAUCAGUGCCAGUCAGUGUCGCCUAUCAGUGCGCAUAAGUGCCGCCUAUCAGUGCGCAUAAGUGCCGCCUAUCAGUGCC